AGCAAAGCAGUGUUAUGGCAGGACAGAACUUAAAACAAUUCUAGAUGCUAGAAUUCUGAAAAAAAUUCCAAGUGUCUUUGGUUCUCUUGAACUUUUAAGACACAGUCCAGCUAUGAAAUAUGAAAGAGCAGGUUAGCAGUAUGUCACCUUUUGGCCAUUGUCCUCUAGAACUCAACAUCCUAGCAGUUGGGAGAGCUACCUUUUCGAGAAGUCUCCAGUUUGCCCUUGGAUCUUUGAAGUCUCUGUGUGGCAGCAUAGGACUACUGAUAGCUGGCUUCAUACCAGCAUCUCCAGAGUCAAAGCAACUGUCUACUGCUAUUGUGUGCUUCUAGCCACUGCACAGCAAGAAAAAAGGGGGCUGUGAGCUUGUUUCCCCCAUAUGUCAAGCUGAUGUACAUUUGGUAUGCUCUCCCUUGCUUACAAGCAGUAAUGGUGCUUGUGUGACUGUGAGCUAAUUCAGGAAGUUCAUUAUGGUGAAGAUGAUCUUUACCAAAUACAUAAUGACUUUUUCAGACAAGUCAGUUCCCUGAUUGAACUUGAUAUGUCUGCACAAGCAUUAAGGUGGACAUGAGCAAGGGGUAGAAAUCUCUGAAGAGACUACAGGACUACUAUUUAAGGGUUUGUAUGUUCUACUCCCAUAAAAAUGGGAGUAUAAUAUCCUUUCUCCAAGCUGAACAGAAGUCUGUUUAAGGUAGUGACAGAAACAUGGAAGAGAUUAGUGCUGGAAAGCCACAGUACUGGGAAGACUCCAUUAAUCCCUCUCUCACUUUUCUUUCCUGUUGUAGCCUUUCACGGUAACUUACAACAAGUGAUGCUUCUCAGAGCAACACUUCAGCAAAUACGUGUGAAAUAAGAAAUGGAGAUUAGGUCUAGUUCUGGAAAUACAGAGAAAAAUAUCCUUAACGUUCUCUUUUCCUUUAGAUGGAGAAAACUGGAAAAAAAUCCUCUACAGUAAUGUAAGCAAAGAACUACAUACAUUAAAAGGAGGCAAUCAAAAGAGUUAUUUACUUGCAGGUGGCAUGUAAUUGUUUAAUAUGACCUGAAGCCAUCCCUCCAUUUCUUUUCAAAGAGGUGUUUCAUGACUGGGACUAAUAACUAAAUGCAGGGUAAAUGGAGCCAUAAAGGCAGAUGUUACCACAGCAGGGAAAAAAAAUCCCUGUGACACCUCUGCUGUGGUCACUUCCUGGAUUGCUUUUUAUACUGACCAUAGACUGACUUUUAAUAUCACCGUUGGUUCACAGUUCUGACUCCUUUCUCAAGCUUGAAGAGACAUUGUACUUUUGUAAGUAACCAAGCAAUAGAAAAAAGGCAAGAUUUUAUAGCUUAAGCAACAAACCAAACUACAUGGGAAAAAUAUAUACCUGAGGAUCCACUGCAACUGGCAUUAAAAGAGGUUUAGGAAGGAAGAGCCUUUCUCAGAAAGCUAUAUGCAAGGACUCUUCCUUUAGCCUGAUAAAUAACAUAAAACCACUACCAAGCACCACAGUGCAACUGCAGAUCUUCUCUGAAUACAUAUGACACAGAAAUCUAAAUGCCCGUCAUUGAGGGAAGGACAUGGUGGCUCGCUAGGAUUAAACAAGGUUCUGUAAGAAGGAACAAGAAAGCAGCUUUAACUUAAAAGUCCUAUGCAUACACUGAUGUGGGAACAUGGCCGUGUAGGAGCCAUGCUUCAGAAGUCUUUUAAGAGGUGGAACUGGGAUAGAAGAAACCACCUCGUUGCCUGUUAACUCACCAAGCAGCCCAUUUGCAGAGGGCUUUAUCCUCUCGUUCUGCUCGCACGAGGCGAGCGGGACGCGGCCGCGCCGAGCUCUGGGGGUGCUGGGCCGGGAUGGAGGGAGGAGGCGGAGGGCGAGGGGAGGGGGCUGCUGCGACAGGAAGGACCGAGGCACGCGGGACCCCGCGGAGGAGAGGCCGCGGGGCGCUGGCUGCUGUGGCAGCCAGGCGGUGUUGCCACGAGCCGGCUCCGGCGACCCUGCCCCUAAGGGCCGGGCGCUGGCAGGAUGCACGUGCCUGGCGGUGGGCGGGCGCCACCGCCCCGCCGCCGCGGUCCCACGCGUGCUGGGUGGGGCAAGCCAGCGGACCGCCUCUGCCAGGCUGCGCCUUUGCCCAGGGAUGCUCUGGGAGCGGGGCGGAGCGGCUUCUUCUGGGGCUCCUCCCGCUGCCUCGGCGCCUCGGCCACGUCUGAAAGCUGUUCAUUGUCUCUGUCGGCAGCUCGGAGCCGCGGUGGUGGCGGGAGGCGGCGGCAAGCUUUUCUAAUUGCCCUUUUUCGGUGAAGAUGGCAAGGAUUCGGAUUCCUAGCACAAUUGUUAUAAUUUUUGUUACAGUUCAGACUGGAUUCUUACUCUUCAUGUAUGCCCGGUACAGUAGCUUCAUGCCUCAGUCUGAGGAGAAACCAUCACAAAUCCACAUACUUAUUCUCUCCUCUUGGCGUUCCGGAUCUUCUUUUGUCGGUCAACUUUUCAGCCAGCACCCCAGCGUCUUCUACCUGAUGGAACCUGCAUGGCACGUUUGGGUUACAAUGUACCAGAACAGUGCCAAAGUCUUACACAUGGCAGUGCGGGACUUAGUCAGGUCGGUCUUUCUGUGUGACAUGUCUGUGUUUGAUGCUUACAUGCCUUGGAAAAGAAACUUAUCUGAUCUUUUCCAGUGGGCAGCAAGUCGGGCUCUGUGUUCAGCUCCUGCUUGUGACUCUUUUCAACGUACUGACAUAACCAGUGAAUUAGCAUGCAAGACUCUUUGUGGACGGUAUCCAUUCAGCAAGGUGGAGGAAGCCUGUAAAACUUACAGCCAUGUUGUCAUCAAGGAAGUUCGAUUCUUUGACUUGAAGGUCCUAUACCCCCUUCUCACUGAUCCAUCCCUGAAUCUCAAAAUUAUUCACCUGGUCCGUGACCCCAGGGCAGUCGUUAAGUCACGGGAACAAUCAGUCAAAGCGUUAGCCCGUGACAAUGGAAUUGUCUUGAGUACCAAUGGCACUAAAGUGGAAGAUAGCAAAUACAAAGUAAUGCAAGAGGUUUGUAGAAGUCACGUUCAGAUUUAUGAAACAGCUACUCUAAAACCACCUAAUUUCCUGAAAGAUCGCUAUUUCAUGGUCCGUUUUGAAGAUCUGGUAAGAGAUCCGUUAUCAGAAAUCUCAGAAAUGUAUAAAUUUGCAGAUCUUAGUUUGACUCCCAGGCUCAAAAGCUGGAUCUAUAAUAUCACACAUGGACAGGGACCAGGAAAAAAAAAAGAAGCCUUCAAAAUAACAUCUCGAGAUGCAGUUAGUGUUUCACAGGCCUGGAGAAAUGUUCUUUCCUUUCAGAAAGUUAAGAAAAUACAGGAAGUUUGCAAAGGUGCUAUAAACAUCCUUGGUUAUCAGCUGGUGGAUUCAGAAAAAGAACAAAGAGAUCUGACACUGGAUUUGGUUUUGCCAAGACGACAGAAUCAAUUCAGUUGGUCAUCAUUUAAUCUAAAGCACUGAGACAUUUUUGAGAGAUCUGCGGAGGUGGGGCAGGGUAGUUGUUUGAAUAUUUGUCUACUGUGCAGCAUAUAGUCGUUGGAAAAUCCUUGGCUGAUGACUUUAUCUUUUAGUCUACUCCUUUUUUGUUAAUGUAAGAAGGUUUUUUCCUGAGUUUUUUUACACAAAAAAAAGACAGCAAGAUACUUCUCAGCCUGUUACUGUGCUGCUCACAGCAUUGUUUUAAGAAUAUAAUUUAAGCACUUUCUAUUAAAAGAUGGAUUCUCAAAGAUGUCUUUGUUUAUUGAUAAUAGUUCACUUCUGUUUUUCAUGCUUUAAUUAAGAAUCACAGUUCUUUAUUUACAUAUACGGAACAAAGUAGAUACUAAAUUCCUUCACUUGACUUUCUUCUUUAAGUUGUGCAGUUGUGGAUUUUUUUUCAGACUUCUUUUGAUGCUUUAAAUUUUAACAUACAAGUUUUCCAAAAGGUGGGGCAACUGCAGCAGCUGUGUUGUAAAAGGCUUAAACGGGAAUUUCAUUUAUUGACAGAUUUCAUAAUGGUUUCCUUGGAAUGGCAGUGUUUACAAUCACAUACUGUGUGAUUAGGAGUGUGAUGUUUGCUUAGAGUGCAAAAACUAAAGGACAUAAAGAAACUUUCAGUGGAAUCACAGUGGAAAUAGCGUUUUAAUGCUGCCCCUGUUGUGUUCUAAUACUGUGACAAAGAAUAAGUGCACACUUGUUCCUGCUGCGCCAGGAGCAAAGUUAUCCUCUCUUCAGAACUACAAGUUAUUUAUGAAGAUCACUGAGAAAUUUAGGAUGCCUUGAAAAUUUGCAUCGAUUAUACUACUGCAUGAAAAUGAUCGGUUCAACCAACUUUGAUAGCAGAGACAGAUGCUCGUGUACUGUUAACAUUCGGUGCCGCGCCCGAGAAGCCGGGACCGGUGCAGGACCGGCGAUGCGCAGAGGCUCGCAACGAGCGCACGCGGGGGACGGGGGGACGCGUAUGUGCAGCUCGCGGCUGUCACCAGCAGGGCGCUGCUGAUGAGAAUGUAGCGCACAUGUAGGAGGGGACCCCCCCCUAACCAGCCUCCCCAC